GACUGGUGCUUGGCUGCGGGACAAAACUUCCAGAGGCCUCGGCAUUUUUCUCUGCUCGAUCUCAUUGGUCGGUUUCAACGAGGAAAUGUGGCUCCAUUUUGCCGUGAACCUGUCAAACGAACCAGGAGCUAAUAUUUGAUCAGCGCCUGAGGACGGCUUUCAAGCUUCAGCAAACCACGAGGUGUUUUGUUUGUCUGGUGCUUUUUGGAAAAAAUAGGGACUGAGAGUUCUUGCUGAGGACAACACAGAUAUGAUGCGCAUCUGAGGACAUCUCGAUCACAUGGGCUCCUAUCCUGUGCUGACCCAAUGGUUUAAUCACCAGGACUAAAAAUGAGCAUAAGCAGUGAUGAGGUCAAUUUCCUGGUUUACAGAUACCUACAAGAGUCAGGCUUCUCUCAUUCAGCAUUCACCUUUGGCAUAGAGAGCCACAUCAGCCAGUCCAACAUCAAUGGAGCCCUGGUGCCCCCUGCUGCCCUCAUCUCCAUCAUCCAGAAGGGCCUGCAGUAUGUGGAGGCUGAAGUCAGCAUCAAUGAGGACGGGACCUUAUUUGACGGGCGGCCCAUCGAGUCGCUGUCUCUGAUUGAUGCUGUGAUGCCAGAUGUGGUCCAGACCAGGCAGCAGGCCUACAGGGACAAGUUGGCCCAGCAGCAGGCGGCAGGCAGUGGCAGCAGCACAGGGCUCCAGGGAAGCACCAAGAAUGGAGAGGGCGCUGCCAACGGGGAGGAAAAUGGAUCCCACGCCUUGGCCAAUCACCACUCAGACAUGAUGGAGGUGGACAGGGACGUAGAGAUCCCCCAGAGUAAAGCCAUGGUCUUGAGGGGCCACGAAUCUGAAGUUUUUAUCUGUGCCUGGAACCCAGUGAACGACCUCCUCGCCUCCGGGUCCGGGGACUCGACUGCAAGGAUCUGGAACCUGAGUGAGAACAGCACAGGCGGGUCCACCCAGCUGGUUCUGAGGCACUGCAUACGGGAAGGGGGCCAGGACGUACCCAGCAACAAAGACGUCACCUCACUAGACUGGAAUAGUGAGGGAACCUUGCUAGCAACAGGCUCAUAUGAUGGCUUUGCUAGAAUAUGGACAAAAGAUGGAAACCUGGCCAGUACUUUGGGUCAGCAUAAAGGUCCUAUAUUUGCACUCAAGUGGAAUAAAAAAGGAAACUUCAUCCUCAGUGCUGGUGUAGACAAGACCACAAUUAUCUGGGACGCCCACACAGGAGAGGCAAAGCAACAAUUUCCUUUCCACUCGGCACCCGCUCUGGAUGUAGACUGGCAGAGCAACAACACGUUUGCCUCCUGCAGCACAGACAUGUGCAUCCAUGUGUGUAAGCUGGGUCAGGACAGACCUGUCAAGACCUUCCAGGGACACACGAAUGAGGUGAAUGCCAUCAAGUGGGAUCCCACUGGCAGCUUGCUGGCCUCCUGCUCGGAUGACAUGACACUGAAGAUCUGGAGUAUGAAGCAGGACUUGUGUGUCCAUGACCUUCAGGCCCACAGUAAAGAAAUCUACACCAUCAAGUGGAGCCCCACAGGCCCCGGGACCAACAACCCUAGCGCCAACCUCAUGUUGGCCAGCGCAUCAUUUGACUCAACAGUGCGUCUGUGGGACGUGGAGCGUGGUGUGUGUAUCCACACGCUGACCCGCCAUCAGGAGCCUGUCUACAGCGUGGCCUUCAGCCCUGAUGGCAGGCACCUGGCCAGCGGCUCCUUCGACAAGUGUGUCCACAUCUGGAACACUCAGACGGGGGCUUUAGUCCACAGCUACCGGGGGACAGGAGGGAUCUUCGAGGUGUGCUGGAACGCCACAGGGGACAAAGUAGGAGCUAGUGCGUCAGAUGGAUCGGUUUGUGUAUUAGACCUGAGGAAAUGACACUCGUCUGGGGGAGCCAUGGACCGACUACGAAUGUGUACAUAGCCAAAAUGACUGACUGUCCCUGCCUGUCCACCACACUGCUGUAGUCCCAUCAGAUGCCAUGGCCCGCCAUUACAGCCUGGAGCGCCUCCCGCCCCUAUAUGUUCACACAAGGACCACACCUUUGCCACAUGCAGUUCUUAUGCACAUGCGUCAGACAUACAACAGGUCUGUAUGGACACUUGUGUUGCUCUCACAGACCUGCAGGAAGAAACAUUACUCUGUUAUCACGCAGUACAAACUUGUUGGACCCAUCACAUACAAACCAAAACACCAGGAUCCUUCUUGCUUUCCUCUUUUUAUCCUUCGUACCAGAAUUCUUUUUUUUUUUUGUUCUCUGUUGGUGUGUGCAUAUUGCAUAUGUCAGCAUUUGGUGUCCUAUGGACAUUGUUGUUUUGAAUUUGGAUUUUACUGAUCUCUGUGGGUUUUAUAUUACAUGUGGGGUGAGAGAGAAGAGAGGGGGAGGGGUUGAGAGUUGUUUGUCUUUUACAAUGGGUGUUCAAAGCUGUUCAUUGGGAGAUCCAUUCAUCUACUUCUUGGCACUCUUUAAGAUUCAAAACAUGCAGCUGUAUAGCUUAGAAGAUGAAAUGGUUUAUAAUUUUGUCAACUCUAUUUUUAUCCAGUAGGUUUGUUCCAUUUUUGCCAUUUUCUUAACAAAAAAUAUAAAGCAGUUAAUCAAAGGGUGAACUGUCGUUUGUUUUUGCAACUUUUAUCCUCAGAAAUGGUUUUCAGGUGUUCACAAUUCAUCAGGUUAAUAUAGAACUCUAAAGAAUUCAAAACCUCUUGGCUGAAAGAUAAUCUUUGUAGCUGUUAAAACACCUUGUCCAUCUCCUGUUCUAACCAUGUGCUGGGCAGUAAGACAUCAACGCUGAUGUGCAGUCAGCUUCAGGUUUCUGUCACUGAGCUCGUCCUGGAUCUGUGUCUCAAGCUUAUGAAUAGACGGCUGUGCUUUAGUGUUUAGUAGUGAGGUAACGCGGUGCAGGGAUUGCUUGCUUUUUGGCAUCAGUGCAGCUUCUGGGAUCUGUGGGGGGAGAGGGAGAGAGAGAGAGAGAUACGGGAAAACAGGCCCACAAUUGCUCGCAUCGAUCUGAUGUCAAUAAUUAAUAACCAUAAUUGUGUUUGUUUCCUCCACUAAUGGCUUUUUGCUAACCAAUGCUGGAUGAUAAUCAGAUAGAGCCGUUCAAAUAGUUUCCCCAUGCUUGGUCCUUAAACAUCGGGACAUCAUCUGGAGUGUCACAUCCUCUGCAGGCACAGGGUCUUUGAAUAGCACCUUUUUAAAUGUGGCUCAACAUUCGCUCGCGUCAAAGCUGAAUCAGCUGAUGAACAGAGCAGGAGGUCACACAUCAGUCUGUCACGUUGAGCAGUUGUUUCACGGCCUGAUUCUCACUCUGUUACAUGUGCGGCUCUCAUGUCCAGUGCUGACCUAAGUACACACUACAGUCCCUGCUUUGGUUUGCUGUUGUCUGGCAGUCCAGCAUUAACACACACACACACACACACACACACACACACACACACACACACACACACACACACACACACACACACACACACACACACACACACACACACACACACACACACACACACACACUGGAGACGGGCUGUGUUCAGGCCUAUGCACCGAUAGACGGCGCUUUUGUUUGUAGUGUUCAGAGUUGGCGUUUUGAGGCAAGUCUGUGCUUUUUGUUCAAAAGCAGACUUGCAGCAUAUGACUUGAUGUAACAUGGUAUCAUAUAAUAUAUAUAUAUAUAAAUAUAAAUAUAGAUCUGUGCUAUCACAGGGGAUUCUUUUGUAUGCCACUCGUACGCUAAGGGUGGAUUUUAAAGUUACUUUUUGAAGACCCUUGAAAUAUGUGAUGGUCUUGUACAUCACAUGGGGUCGUGACCAUAAGGAAUGGUUUUUUAUAAAAUACCAUUAAACAGUCAUAGCGAAAUAAAAGAAAAAGAGCAGCCCUUCGAAGGGUGUUUUUCUUCUGCACUUUAGACUAAAAAUGGAGAAACAGGGAGGUGUGUUUGUUCAAGCCAUCGUCGACACAUCUAAUGUUUAAAUUGCUCUUAAAGAUGAAUCAGAAUCGAUGCAGAAAACGUGCAGUGUUCCAGAGGCUAAAUAAGGGUGAAUAGUGUCCUGUCUGACUCCUCGGGGUACGUCAAAGUUGAACCAAGCCAACUUCAUGGCAUUCCAGGUCUCAUCUCGCUAAUGGUUUGAUACACACAUGCGUCGUCGGACAUUUCAGUGGUUUCGUUCCGAAUGUUCCUUGUUUUAGAAAAUUUUGUACUGAAGCUAAAGACUAUUUUGAAGUUUGCUUUAAUACAGUCAGCAGUGAUUGGACUGUACCACAAAGACACUAUUUCAAAUGAUGUCUAUGACAGUGGAAUGGUAUUUUAUAAGGUUUUGUUUUUAGAUGAUAAGCUUUUUACACUGCAUUCAAGUGUGUUUGCUAUUUUUUGUUCCUACCGAAAGUACUAACGUUAAUUCUAUCUUUGCUAUGUUGGAGAGCCCUUGAAGGUUUUGUACUCCUCAAAACUUUUGUAAUUCUGAUUUAUUUGUAGUUACGUACACGAAAUGAACAAAAAUAUAAAAUCUGGAUUUAAUUGUUGAUGUAUUAUAACACAGAACAUGUAAAUACCAAUUUGCAGAUUUGUUUUUUUGUGUCGUCUUUGCCCUCACCUAUGUUGUACUCUCUCUCUCUCUCACUCACUUGGUUGCAGUCUGCAGCCUCCUGAUCUGACUGUUGAAAUAUCACUCAAGAUUUCAAGGUCUAGAAUAAAAUCUAUUUUGAUAAUA